AUGGCUGGCUCUGUCGACAACGGCCAGGCCAAUGAUAGCCCCGUCGAUGACCGCGCCGCCAACGGCAGCCCGACCGACAAUGCGCCCGGCGACGCCGUCCACGACAACUCCACCGUUCCCAAACCGAAGCGGCUUGCCUGCAUGAUUUGCCGCAAGCGCAAGCUCAAGUGCGAUGGAUUACGACCUAGCUGCAGCACUUGCUCUCGCCUCGGCCACGCGUGCGCCUACGAUGAGCAGAGACGCAAGAGCGGCCCCAAGCGCGGCUACGUCAAGGCCCUCGAAGAACGCCUAAAGCAAGUAGAGACACUGUUAAAAACACAAGAACCGUCGCAGCCGCCCUCGAAUACGAAGAGGCCCGCCCCGCCGCCACCAACGGUCAUGACCGUUGACCCGGAUAUGGAUCGUUGGAACCAUACGCCCGACUCUCCACGCGCCGCCCAGGCCGAGGAUUUCAACUUCAACGCUAACCCAAACCCCAGCCUGGCGAUUCCUGUCAACGCAGACGGCAGCAACUUUAGCUGGGAGAUGAUUGGUCUCGGUUUGGAGGAACCGCUGCCCGCUCAAGAAUCCAUUGACGAGCUGCAUCAAAUCUACUUUGAAAAGAUCCACCCUUCCAUGCCCAUGAUUCACCGAUACCGCUACCUUGCGGCCAUGAACUUGGCACCACAUCAACGACCUCCCGUCUGCCUCCGAUAUGCCAUGUGGACAAUGGCCAGCUCCAUCACAGACAAAUACUCUGACUUGAAGCAUCUGUUCUAUGCCCGCGCUCGCAAAUACGUCGAGGCCGACUACGUCAAGGGCUUCGGCGAGCAUAUGAUUUCCGUCGCCCACUGUCAAGCACAUAUCUUGCUGGCAUGCUACGAGAUGAAGAUGAUGUACUUUCCUCGUGCCUGGAUCAACACAGGCGCUGCUGUCCGUCUGGCGCAAAUGAUCGGUUUACAUCGACUCGAUGGCGCAGGACUGGACGUGAAGCAGUGUCUCCCCCCACCCAAAGACUGGACAGAGCGCGAGGAGCGACGGCGAACUUUUUGGAUGGCAUUUUGCGAGGACCGAUAUGCGAGUAUCGGCACGGGAUGGCCCAUGACUAUUGAUGAACGUGACAUCCUCACCAAGCUCCCUUCCUCCGAGGAGGCGUUCGAGAUGAGCCGCCCCGAGCAGACACAAACGCUGGACGAGUGCACCACCCCUAGCGGCGCUGCCAAACUCUCUGCUUUCGGUGCUAUUGUUCUUCUCGCGGCAAUCUUUGGUCGCAACCUUGUGCACCUGCACAGACCCGAUAGCGAUGAGUUUGACGGUGACGUCAACGGGCCCUUUUGGAAGCGCCAUCGCGAAAUGGACAAUAUUCUCCUCAACACGUCACUCGGAUUGCCUUCCCACCUCAAGCUGCCGGCCGGCUUAUCUAGCCCCAACAUUGUCUUUAUGAACAUGUCUAUUCAUACUUCGACAAUUUGCCUGCAUCAAGCAGCCAUCUUCAAAGCGGAGACGCACAAGCUUCCUGCAUCCCUUAGUUCUGAAAGCAAGGUUCGCUGUAUAACCGCUGCCAACGAAAUCGCUGCCGUCAUGCGAAACGUCUCUCACAUGGAUCUAACAGCUAUGAAUCCCUUCAUCUCCUUUACCCUCUACGUGGCCGCUCGCGUGUUUGUACAAUACCUCAAGAGUCGGCCCGACGACGACGUCACCGCAGACUCCCUCCGUUUCUUGCUAUCCGCCAUGAACGCACUCAAGAAGCGUAACCCCCUCACCGAAUCGUUCCUAGUCCAACUCGACGUCGAUUUCGAGGCACUCGCAUCCAGAAUACCCAGGCUGAAGAAUGCGUUCCCUAGAAGCGGUGAUAGCCCUGACCAGAAUGGAGACGAAUCGCCGAGGAUUUUGUGUGACGACCCAGAAAAUGUCAAGGGUAUUUUGUCAUAUCGCGAAUGUGACUAUGCCGAGGACGAACAUACUAAGCCGCCAGCUGUAUCUGAACCCUCUGGCAUGGGCUUAGCAAGCAGUGCAGCUUUUGGUGGACAGGCGUGGCUCUCGGUGGACCAGCAAAUACCGAUGCUGACCCCGAACUCGAGCAGCAUGUACGACAAGACAGGCAAUGGCAGCGGACACAUUUCCAGCUUUGGCGAUAUGAAUGGCGAGAGUACGGAGUCACCAGACGGCCAAUCCAACGGCCGGACGCCAAACUCGAGCAACGGAUCGGAUGGGCGAACAGUCAAGCCUGUGAACCCCUCUGCUGCACAAUUAUUUGCGUCGGGAGCCUCGCCGCAGUUUCCUGACACUGGCGCACACUUUUUUAGCCCCGCGCCGCAACAGUUCCCAAUGCAGCAGCCGCAGCAGCUUGGCGCGCAAACCAUGUCAUUCGGCAACGGCUGGGACGAUAUCAGUGCGGCACAGCAAGCGGCUAAUAUACAAAAUGAGGGCGUCUUGCGGGCGCUAAUGAACAUGGGGCCUAUGGAGGCGAUGGAUCUGUCGUCCUGGGAUACGGGCAACGAGCCAAUGCGAGGAUAA